AUGGAGGAGAAUGACAGGAAACCGUGGUUCAUCCGGUUGGUUGAAUGGCUAGUUACUUUCCCAGACGAGAGGCGGUCUCAGAAUGGCGAUGGCGAUGGUGAUGGUGAUGAUGGAAGAGACUACACAGAUGUGCGUAGAAACUAUCAGGUGUGGAAUAGUAAAUCGCAGGUGUUUGUGAUGGGAGGACGGUUCAGAACGCUGAAGAGGUCUCUUCGAGGAUGGAUAACGUUUUCGUGCUGUAUCAUCCCCUUUGUUUUGUUUUGUAUCUUUGAAGCCUCCUGGUGGUGGCACAAGAUCUCCCCUGGGGUUGUCAUCACGUUUGUAUACAGUUGGAUUCUGUGUACUGCUUCGUUCAUCAAAGCCUCGACGAGGGACCCAGGGUUUGUUCCGCAUAACGUUCAUCUGACAGAGGACCCGUAUAACAUUCCCGAGGAGUACCGUAACGUCAUCUCACUACCCUGCUCCACGUCAAAGAAAGGUGUGCAAGUGAGGUACUGCUUAACUUGCCGGAGUUGGAGAAUGCCCCGGACUUUCCACUGUUCAAAGUGUGACCAGUGUAUCUCAAUUCACGAUCACCAUUGUGUCUGGAUAACAAACUGUGUCGGUGAGAGGAACUACGCGUACUUCUUUGCAUUUCUGGUGUUUGCUGUGUUUUCUUCGACGUAUUUGAUCGUGUUGGAAUACGUGCGUCUCUUUUACAACGACGAUGUUGAUACGACACUGAGCAACACUCCCGUGACGCUCUUAAUAUUAAUCAUGGCUCAUAUAACCAUUCUGUAUCCCCUAUUGCUCCUGAUACUCCACGUGUCGCUCAUAGCUAAGGGACAAACCACGAGAGAAUACUUGAGAACUUGGAAGAUUCAUCGGUACGAUAACCCGUUCAGUAUGGGUAACAUCUUGAAGAACAGUGUCUACGCGUUGUGUAAACCACGUGGCUACAGUGCAGUGAGUAGUCGUGCACGCUAUGAACCGGGAGAUGUGAGGUUUAGGAGAUUCGAGAGUUGA